AUGCCCGAACCAGAUUUACCACCAGUCGUACUGGACGCCACGGUCUUGGGCGGACAUGAUUCUGUGUCGAAUUUUUUUGACGAGUAUCUCCCGGAUUUGCCGGAUGCGGCCCGAGAACGACUCGAACGGGAGUAUCAAUUGGAUGAGUACACGCCCGUGUCAUUGCCGGGGAUCCUCCGGGCCAUUCGAAUCUACGAUCAAGCCGUGGCCACGGCACAAGCGGCACUACUGCCCGACAACAAUAGCAGGGAAAUUGCGCAAACCGUGGCCAAAUUCUUGUGCAACGAUUUGUUUGCACUGAUACGAGACGAGGAAGAACGUCGUCGGGCCUACGAAGGAGCGGUGGCGGAUAGUAGUAAUGGCGAGUAUUCCAACAUUACCGGUCCCCAGUUGGGGGAAAUUGUUGUCCUGCUGCUCAAUGGCACCAUUUCCACGACCAUGGCCAAAAAGUUACUGGCUUUGUUGUAUCAAGAGGAACUGGGCCAAAGUCCUUCGGAAGUGGCAAAACGACACGGCCUACAACUGAUAUCGGACCGCCAGACAUUAGAACGAUUGUGUCACGAGACUCUGGAACAAAAUCCGGAACAACUGGAGCAAUAUCGCAGAGGGGGGAAGCACGCACAAAGAUGA